AUGAAUGACCCUCAGAGGACUUGUAUUCUUCGGAAUGCAUGCCGAUUUAAAAUAGAACGAUGGCGGUUUUACGUUGUGGUAUUAUGGACAUUAUGUGUGUUUGGUCUUCAUCGUUGUUCCGUCAAUGCAUCGACAACAAAUUCCAUCUAUUUCAAUGUUACUGAAGGACUUCCAAUAGGAACAUAUGUCGGCAAUAUAGCAAACCAGCCAUACGACGUGGUAUUACACAUUCAACCUCAAGAUGACUUGAUCCUCGAUUCAGUCUCCAAGAACAUUACUACAAAAAUUGUUUUAGACCGCGAAAAGAUUUCGAGGUACUUUAUUGAUCUACUGAACCAUUCGCCGGUUCAAGUAACAAGUAUUUUUAUAAAUGUCUCUGACAUAAAUGACAACAUUCCAACCUUUCCCGUGAGUGUUUACGAUUUUGAAUUUUACGAAGGGAACCCUGUACUGGCGUACGUAAGAGCAAUCGACGACGAUCUUGGGUCAUAUGCGGUGCAAAACUACAGUAUUGUUUCUGGAAAUACAGAUAACAUGUUCGUUCUGACAGAAUACUUUGACAGUGACGGCCGUUUGAGAGCAAAAAUAGAAUUACAGCCUGGAAAACAACUCGAUAGGGAACAGCGCGAUUUGUUCAGUUUGAACGUGUCUGCCACGGAUGGCGGCACACCACCACAAACUGGCUUCGGCUUAGUCAAUAUUACUGUACUGGACUUGAAUGAUAACGAUCCUGUUUUUAACCCAAAAUAUUACACAGCUAACAUCACCGAAAACUCUAAAGCGUUCACAUCGAUAGUGGAAGUGUACGCCACUGACAAAGAUAUCGGCAGGUAUGGAAAAGUUUUGUAUUCUGUUAUUCAUGAUUCCAGCUCAGACCCUGACGGCUAUUUCACACUAUUAACUACUGAGAAAGGAGAAAUAGUAAAUGUUGCAAUCCUCGAUCGCGAGAAACAAGAUCGUUUCUCGCUUCGUGUGCGGGCACACAAUCCAGGCACUCUGGGAUAUCACAAACACGAUAUAGCUUUCGUAACGAUUAAUGUUCUGGACGAGAACGACAACCCUCCCGAGGUCACCUAUACAUUUUAUCUAGACGAUGCCUUUCAAGUUUAUGAGGAUGCCAGCCCUGGAACUAAAGUGGCACGCGUUUGGGUCUCUGAUAAAGAUGCUGGUAAAAAUGGGCAAAUUGAGUCUGUGACAAUUCAAGGUGGAAAUGGACAUUUAAGUAUUGCUUAUGAUGCAUUAAAUGAUGUUCACAUUAUUUCACUUGCUAAAGAAUUGGAUAGAGAAAAACAACCUACUUUUCCAGUUUACAUUUAUGCCAAAGACCGUGGCCAACCUCAACAAACCACACAGGAUGGAUUCAUCUUUAAUGUUGGAGACAUUAAUGAUAACCGUCCUAAAUUUGAUCAAGAUGUGUUUACUGCUGCAGUGUCAGAGAAUGCUACCAUUGGCACAAUUGUUUUGGUUGCUCGUGCAACGGACAAAGACAUAGGUUCAAAUGCCAAGUUAGUUUAUAAUAUUUCCUACAGUCCUCAAGCUGCUCCUUACAAAUCUUGGUUCCAAAUCAAUCAAGCUACUGGAGAGAUUCGCACAAGUGCAAGUCUGGAUCGAGAAAAAUUUCCUAGACUGGAGUUCCUCGUGACUGUCACAGACUCAGGUGUACCAGCUUUAGGUGCAAACUGUACCGUUAUUGUGAACAUUACUGAUGCUAAUGAUAACAAUCCUGUCUUUACAGAGGCUGUGUACUUUUCAACAGUUAAUGAGAAUUCAGCCAAUAAUACUUCUGUUGUGCAAGUUAUGGCAAAUGACAUUGAUAGCGGAAUUAAUGGUAUGGUGCUUUACUCCUUGGAAACUCAACCUAGGAGUGUUCCAUUUUCCAUAGAUCCAAACACUGGACUUGUUUCCUCUUCAGGACUAAUCGACUUUGAAGCUCAGUCACUUUACGUGGUGAAUGUUGUGGCCUCUGAUGGCGGAGGACGUUUUGAUAAAUCUAUUUUGAACAUUUCUGUGGUGGAUGAGAAUGAUAACUAUCCAGUUAUAAAUCCAACAACAUACAAUGUGUCAGUCUUUGAAAACCUGACCAUCAAUGAUGCCAUCGUAACAGUUUUGGCCAAAGAUAAUGAUAGUGGCAUCUUCUCACAAGUCAAUUUUGCUUUUUCAAAUGGGAACAAUGAUGGUAUCUUUUUCAUCAGUUCAUCCUCUGGGGUGAUUACUCUGAUAAAACCCCUUGAUCGAGAAACAAAGGACUUUCACCGACUUGAAGUUCAGGUUAUGGAUGGUGGUGGAUUGAAAUCUAAAAACUCAGCAGUUGUAGAAGUCACAGUUUUGGAUGUGAACGAUGAACCUCCUGCAUUUGAACCAAGUGCUUACAAAUUCACCAUAAUUGAAAACUCUGAUAUUAACUCAUUGCUAGGUUCAGUGUAUGCCUCAAGCAAAGACUUGGGGACAAAUGCUGACAUUUAUUAUUCAAUCAGUGGUGGUGACAUGCACAGAGUCUUUACCAUAAACUCAACUGGAACAAUUUUCACCCGAAGCAACAUUGACCAUGAAAGAAGUCCAGAAAUGUUGCUUACCAUUCAGGCAAAAGAUGGUGGUGUACCACCUCUUUAUGGCUUUGCAAAUGUCAGCGUGACAGUGAUUGAUAUUAAUGACAAUGCCCCUUCAUUUGAAAGCAGUGUAAUUGAUGUCAAUGUUCUGGAAGACACCAAAGUCGGAGAAGUUUUCUACAAUGUUACUGCAAAAGACCCUGACAGUGGUCUGUUUGGUCGUGUAAGAUACACUCUUCUGUUCAACCCUAACAGCACCUUCCAGGUGAAUGCUAGCACGGGUGCAUUGACACUGACUCACUCUAUCGACUUUGAGGGCCCAAGGCAUUAUAUGAUUAAAGUUUUGGCAGAAGAUGGUGGGUCCCCACCUUUGAAUACAACAGCUACCUUCAGAAUAACUGUCGUAGACGUGAACGACCACACUCCAGUAUUCUCUAACUCGUCCUACUCUGCACGUGUCGACGAACUUACUCCAGCUGGGACUGAUAUCUUAAAUGUAACAGCCACUGAUGCAGACACUGGUAACAAUGCAUGGAUCUCGUACAGCUUUCAGUCGGGUGUGGACACCAGUAUGUUUGGCUUGAGGUCCAAUGGAUGGCUCUACAUCACCAGAAAGUUAGACAGGGAGCAGCAAGAUGUUUAUCGAUUUAAAGUGGUCGCCACAGACAAAGGACGUAUUCCUAAAAGUUCGACAGCUGAUGUGGUAAUAUAUGUUGACGAUGUUAAUGACCACAAUCCCGAGUUUACUCAGCAGUCGUACAUAUUCUCUGUGGAUGAGAAUCAACCAAACAGAACAUUAGUUGGUCAGGUUCCUGCAUCAGACAAAGAUGCUGGUGCCAAUGCGAGGAUUUCAUACACUUUCGAGCCCCCAAGCGUCGAGUUUGUAAUUGAUCACAAUACAGGCAUCAUUAGAACUAAUCAAGUUUUAAAUCGAGAACAGCGCUCUUCUUACACGCUUAUGGUUAAAGCGAGAGACCACGGUGCGAGUCCUAGAACAGACUAUGCUAGCGUGACCGUUACGGUUCAAGAUUUGAACGAUAACGCGCCCACCUUUAAGAAACCGUUCUACGAGAAAGCUGUUCCGGAAGAUAUCCCCGUGGGGUCGUCUGUCCUAACUGUCGAAGCUUCUGAUCCAGACGUAGGCUCCAAUGGUAUGAUUAGCUACUUCUCUGCCAGUAAUCCCAGUGUGUUUACCAUAGAUGCCAAGACUGGUGUUAUCACCACUACAGCUCGAUUAGACCGUGAGAAACACGAGCGUUAUACGUUAAGCAUCGGCGCCAAAGACCAUGGAAAUCCUAAUCAAUCUCACGUCGUUUUCGUCACUAUUCAUGUGCUCGAUGUGAACGACAAUCCACCUCGCUUUGUAAACAACAGCAUCUUUGUAAAUAUACCCGAGAAGCAGGCCAUUGGAACUGUCGUGACUACCGUGACAGCCAAAGAUAAGGAUACCGGAAACAACGGCAAAGUGCGUUACGCCAUCGAUCAAGGUAACGGGGGAAAGGUGUUCGAAAUCAACGCAACUUCCGGUGUUAUCACCCUUCGCAAACAACUGGACUUCGAGAAAAAAAGCAAGUAUCAGCUCAGGAUUGAAGCACGCGAUCAGGGUCAGAACAGUCAGCGCAGCUACCUGUAUGUUACAGUGUACGUGCUAGAUUCGAACGACAACAGACCCACGUUCGAGAUGAACCCCGUGACCGUGCAGUUACGGGAAGGCGUGCCUCCGAACUCCAACGUAACCAUCAUUAAAGCUCAUGACUACGACUCGGGUCAGAACAGCUGGAUUCGAUAUUCAAUCGAUUCUCAGUCGCCAGGGCCCCCAAAAUUUAAAGUUGAUCCGUCGACAGGCGUCGUUCAGACCAUCGGAAGAAUCGAUCGCGAGGCAGUCGACGAGUACACUUUAAACAUCCGAGCCACCGAUCAGGCCUUUACAGAAUCCGAGCGUUUAUCGAGUACGUUGACGAUUUUCAUCAUCGUGAGCGAUGUCAAUGACAACAAGCCGACUUUUGUGUCGCCGAACGAGACGUUUGUGAUGGAAGACGAAGGCUUUCGCUACCCCGUCAUCACAAUCACCGCCAUAGAUGACGACCUAGGUAGCAAUGGUGAAGUGACGUACAAAAUAGAGAAUGAUGGGAAUGGCGAAAGCUUUAAAAAGUUUGCCCUGAAUGCGGACACGGGGCUGCUCGAGUUGCUGGGGACCUUGGACCACGAGACCACGCCCAAGUAUGUUCUUAACAUUUCUGUCACAGAUAAAGGCACUCCUCCCCGGUCCUCCUUCCAGCUGCUGACUGUUUUCGUUGUAGAUGUGAACGAUAAUGGACCGGAGUUUAACCAGAGCUUGUUCCUCGGCAACGUGAGCGAAAACCAGCCCGUGGGUACCCCUGUGAUGACGGUCAGCGCGUACGACCUCGACAGCGGAGAAAACGGUGCCUUGACCUACAGUAUUCCCAGAGGAAAUUUGAAUCACAAGUUCGCAAUUAAUGGCAGCAGUGGAGUGCUUUAUACGAAUUCGACGCUUGAUCGCGAGGAAAAAGACGAGUACACUCUCACUGUUUACGCUACGGACAACGUUUAUCCUCGUCGUGUGGGAACCUGCACAGUGAAAAUUAAAGUUCUUGACGUGAACGACCACAGGCCCGUUUUCAUUCCCUCUCGGCUUAAUUUGACUGUUUUAGAGCACACGGCCCCUUUCGAUUUUCACACGUUGAGAGCUCUAGAUUCUGAUAUUGGACAGAAUGGUCGCCUUCGCUACAUUAUUCAGCGUGGUAAUGAAGACGUGAAGUUUUCAGUUGGAGAGUUAACGGGUGUACUUUCGACAACAGGUCAGCUCGAUAGAGAAAUUAAAUCUCGGUACGAUUUAGUCAUAGAGGCAAGGAACGUCGUUGUUCCGUUUUAUAACUCCAGUAUUCACGUGACAAUUUUUGUUGGCGACAAAAAUGACAAUUCGCCAAAGUUUGCGAACACCUCUUACAGCUUAAACAUCCGAGAGCUUACCAAAAUCGGUACUUCUAUUCUCCGCGUGAAAGCCACUGACGGUGAUUCGGGAAAGAAUGGAGAAAUCACGUUUUCUUUAAGUACUGAAGCGCUGGGUAUUUUCCGUAUCGAUUCCAAAUCAGGAACUAUCUACACCUUGCAAGAAUUUGACUACUACACCAGGAACGUUUACAACUUUCUCUGCCGGGCAACGGAUAAAGGAGUGGCACCUAGAGAGACAUCGGUUGGAGUGACGGUGUCAAUCAUCGACGAGAAUAACCACGCCCCUGUGUUUGAGAAGAUACCUUACGAGGCUACUAUCGCAUCUGGUUCAUCUGUGACACAAAAUACCUUAGUGACAGUGCACGCUAAAGACAAAGAUUCUAGCUCAAUAACCCAUAUGACCUAUAGGCUUGCUAAUAGUUCGCAUCGGUUCUUUCAGCUAGAAAGUAACAGUGGAAAUGUGAGAGUUAAACCAGGUGUCUCUAAUAUACCCGACGGAGCUUAUGUUUUGAACAUCAUCGCUGAUGACGGUGGUAACUUGACCGGGAGAGGUAUUUUGGAAAUUAUAGUUGGAAGCGCCGCGGUCAACCGACCAAAAUUCGUCAACAGCACGCCAGUGUUCGUUUCCCUGCCUGAGAACAGCCCAAAGGGUCGCGAAGUGGCCCGAGUACUGGCAAAUCCAUCGAACGAUGUGGUGUACAGCAUAGUCGAUGGUAACAGUCGUAACGCUUUCCUUAUCAACGCCCAAAACGGCAUCAUGACAGUGCAAAACCCGGCCUACCUCGAUUUUGAAAGAUUGCGUUACUUCAGCCUUCGCAUCAUUGUGUCACGAAAGAGCCAACCGUCAAGAAAUGAUUACCUAACACUGCAAGUGAACCUAACGGAUGUAAACGACAACAAUCCAGUCUUUUAUCCCGCAAAUAUUUCUGUUCAACUGUCGGAGGAUGAUGCAUUGCAGUCCAGCAGUUUUACAUCAAGGACUGUGGCCAAUCUUUCUACAACAGACAAGGACUCUGGGAAAAACCAGGAAGUGACCUACAAGAUCAUUUUUGGGAACGUGGAUCGUAAGUUUGUCAUUGAUGCACAGCGUGGUGUACUUACUACCAAUGGUAUCCUUGAUCGCGAAAAGCACCCAGUUUACGAUUUGGUUGUUAACGCGACAGACAAGGGAACCCCAUCUAGGUCCAGUUUAAGCCAUGUGGUUGUCAACAUUGUCGAUGUCAACGAUAAUAUCCCAACAUUCUCAGGGCCGUAUUCAGUGAACGUUAACGAAGAUCUAAGAGUCGGGUCCCUCGUUAGGCGCGUGGCUGCCACUGACAAGGACAAACAUCCAAAUUUGAUGUAUUCUUUUGGCAACGACAAGACUAGUUAUGAUGUGUUUCGCAUCGAUCAGUUGACAGGAGAGAUAACCUUAUUGGAAUCUUUGGAUUACGAGCGUAACACGUCUUAUGAACUAAAUGUAACUUGUAGCGACGGCCGUUACAAGUCCCACACCACAGUGACUGUUAACGUGAAAGAUGUGAAUGACAAUGCUCCGAAGUUCUUGGAAAGCUCCUAUCAGGCCACACUUUCAGAAGAAACUGCCCAAGGUACGUCCAUCUUAAAAGUUAGCGCUGAAGACAAGGACGAUGGCUCAAACAGAGAACUGAGAUACGCGUUCGUGACCUCUCUAGACGUGUUCCGUAUAAAUGCUACCUCGGGUGUCAUCUACACGGCGAAAAAGAUCGAAACUAGUGAUCGAGAAUCGCUUUACUUCGUCGUGGUUUCGGCCAUUGACCGAGGGGUGCCUCAGCAGCGUGCUUUCGUAACGGUGCAAAUCCGAAUCAACCGAAAACCAAUGUUUAGGGAGCCAGCGUAUAAAAAGAGCAUUGCCGAAGACGCCCUACCUGGCACUACAGUUCUGACAGUCUCCGCCGCCGAUGACUCAGGAAUGAACGUAGCCAAGAUAAGUUACAAGUUUAAAUUUGGAAACUCAGAAGGUCUCUUCCGGAUCGGACUUCGAAGUGGAAUCAUCGAAGUGAGCAAAUUUGGCUUGGAUUAUGAAUCGGAAAAGAAUUACUUAAUGGGUGUUGAAGCGCGAGAUGAAAGCACAAACAAGAGUGUUGUUGUGGAGGUGAACAUUACUAUUACUGACGUCAAUGACAAUUCACCAGUCUUUGAUCCGACGGAAUAUGUCAAAGAAGUGUACGAAAAUGUAUCGAUCGGAACGACUCUUGUCCGAGUAAAUGCGACGGAUAAAGACUCCGGAGCCAAUGGGCGGCUGGUGUUUUCCAUCCUCUCAGGAAAUGACAAGCAGUCUUUUAGAAUAAACAGUAGGACUGGUGAAAUUGUUACGAUCACGAGUUUGGACUAUGAGAGUAUUAAGGAACAUAGAUUGUCGAUACAAGCCAGUGAUGAAGGUAAGCAAACUCAAAUCUUAGGUUUUAACGAUAAGUCUCUGAGGAGAGAUGAAAUUUGCAGCUUCACCGUGCAAUAAAAAAGAAAACGCCCUCCAAGUAAAACCUUACUUAAUACUUCGCCUAGUUUUUUAGAGGUGAUCAGCUGAGCAUAAGUAAGAAAAUUGCUUUUUCGACAAAGAGGCUAAAGAUCUAACUCAAUAAAUGAAGAUGUAACAAACUUCUUAACCCUUUCACUCCUAAGAUCCAAUUAGUAAUUCUCGCUACUAUCUGCCAUACAAUUCUUAUGAGUUUAGUUCGGAGAAUUUGGUAUUGGAUCACUACUGAAGUUCAGAUAUGUUCCUCACGGCUGGGAGACAAUCUCAAACCGUUUUCUUUUGUUUUUUCUUUAUGAACAUUUUUAGGUCUUAAGCCGAAGUCAAAGCUUGCAUCUGUGCGUAUCAAGAUACGCGACGUGAACGAUAACAAACCCGAAUUUCACAUACCAAAUCCCGAAGAUGUCGGAGUGGAAGAAAAUUCCCCCGUCGGAACAUUCUUUUACGAGCUUAACGCGAAAGACAGGGAUUCAGGCGAAAACAACGUCGUUAUGUACAGCAUCAUUGGAGGGAGUGGACAAGGUCUGUUUAUCAUCGAAAGCGACAGCGGAAGGCUCAGCACUAACGCUACUUUCAAUUACGAGGCUCGUAAUCUUUUCUGGCUGCUAGUCAAAGCCGUGGAUAAAGGGAAACCUCCUUUAGAUAACACGGUAAAUUUAACAGUGAACAUCAAAAGCGUGGACGAAUUUGAACCUACAUUUGAAAAGUCGAGCUAUGAGUUCAAAGAAGUUCCUGGAAACGCCAAAAUUGGUUACGUUGUCGGUCAGGUUGUCGCGUCCGACGAAGAUGACGGCGAAGAUGGCCGCUUGCGUUAUUCCUUCGACUUUGUCAGUUUAGAUGUGUUUGCGAUAAAUGAAACCACUGGAAUUAUCUUCGUCAACAAGUCGCUCAGUGAAGUGAACAACAAACGGCGAAAACGAAGAAGUGUCGAAGAAACCGAUGAUGUAUCGAUCGGAUCACGGAGGUUUCGAAGAGAGAUUGACGUGACAAAGGUCAAGCUUCGCGUGCAGGUAGACAGUGGUAAGCCAAACUCGUUCAAGGGGCUGGCAUCGGUAGAGUUUGGAAUUGAUUUUGCUUGCGCCGAAUGUGCAACUACGAAACAAAGAGGUGAUGGCGAUGACGAAGGAAUAUCCAAAAACACCUACAUCAUUAUUGGCCUAGCAAUCUUAGUAGUGGUAAUUUUGAUUGCUUUCAUCGUCAUGGCGGCCAUUAUUUUACGCAAGAAGAAGAAGAAAAGAAGUCGUCAGCAUCCUCGGUUGCGUUAUGAUGGUUCAUUCGAUGAGAUUACGGUGUAUUCAGCUCCAAAUGGGAAUAUCAACCACGUGGAUUCAUCCCUAGAGAAUGUUUCUACGCCUCGCGGUGUCUCUCAGGAAGGUUCGCCUCUGAACGGCCCGAGUGACUCACCGGCUUGUGGAACCGACUCUUCGGAUACACCGAAUAGCGCGUCGAGCGGCCGAGGUUCUUCAGAAGGCGUUGAUUUUGAAGACGGGCGUCAUCCGGUGAUCGUAAACGGAGAUAUUGGAAGUUUACACUCCGAGAAUUAUGUCAAAACUGUUGUGGGACCUGAUUCGGGAAUUCAGCAGGAUUCUGAUCAAGUUUCUCAACUUACAAUCAGCGACGCAAGUAGCAUGAUGCAAGGGGAAGGUUUGGCGAUUGAUAAACACUCGGACAAAAUCGAAAAAUUGCUGGCACGGCUUGGAAGUCAAGAAAGUCUCCAUGUCUUCGGCGAGGAAGGAGGUGGAGAAGCGGACGGCGGUGUUGACGUCAGCAAUUUACUUUACGCCAAGCUAGCCGAAGUCGACGCCGACGAAGAUGAAUCGAUUAUCGAUGGGAUGCGACCGUUUGUUGAAGAAGGACACGAUCAUCCUUCGUACGGUGGAUCGUUGAGUUCGAUUGUGGGCAGUCGGGAAGAGCUGACAGGAAGCUACAACUGGGAUUACCUUCUGGACUGGGGCCCGCAGUUCCAGCCGUUAGCGGAUGUUUUUCUUGAAAUUGGUAAAAUGAAGGACGAUGCACAUCCAAAGAAAACUGUGAGUUUAAGCUUGCCUUCGAGUCGUGAUUCCCGAAACCCUCCAACAGGGCUAGUAACAACGGACAUGCUUUCUUCGGUGUCUUCACUUCCGCGCUCACCCAUUAGUCCUCCUUCCACACGGUACACUUCCCCUGCAUUCUCACCGAACUUUACUCCGGCCAUUACGCCCUUAGUAACUCGUUCUCCUUCAGUUUCUCCUUUGGACACAGGAGCAUCAACCCCGGCAUUUUCUCCCACUUCAGGGACCACGCCCAAAUCCGGUUCUCGGCCGUCCUCGAUGCACGUACCUGUACUGCACCUGCGCAGAGACUCGCACGAUGGAUCAAACUCAGACUUGACUCAUUCGCCGUCCAUAUCAGACAAUGAAUCUAAUUUAGAAAUCGAUGUAUAGCGAAUUUAUUUUGUAAAGAUAUCGUAUUAUAACUUUGCGCUCUGGAAGGCUCCUCUUGCAAUUUCGACAUCAUAUGCUAUUUUUUACGAUAAAGGAAAUUCAUAUCUUGGUUUUAUUCAUAUGCAUAAACUUUUAAUAAUGAACCUGACAGUGAUUUCAAGAGCUCUUUGAUGUGAGAAAUCGUUGCGUUUUUAAAUUUUUCAGCAGACAUGUACUUCUGGAGGUUCAAGUUGCGGUAGAUUCUCGCCUUACAAAACAUUUAAUAUCGUAUAAUAUAUUGUGCAGUGUUGCCAUCUUGGUUUUAUUCAUAUAGAGAACUUUUUUAUAAUUUAACCUGACAGUUAUUUUGAGAGCUCUUUAAUGCGAGAAAUCUUUGUGUUUUUAAAGUUUGCAGCAGACAUGUACUUCUGUAGGUUUUUUGUUGCGAAGAUCUUCACUCCACAAAACAUUUCAUAUCGUAUAAUAUAAAGUGCAGAGUUCUUUCUAUUUUUGUACAUAAAGAAAUUCUGCGCUGUUUUUUUUUUAAAGAAAAUUUCCUAUAAUGUUUAUAAUUACGGAGCG